UAUUGGGAUGAUUCCCAGAUUCCACAUCAAUGUGGAUGAAAAUUAUUCCGCAGCAUCAGGAGCAGCGAGUAGUCAUCAGAAGGGAGAGCACACAUAUUACACUGAGCAGAGGAUCCGGCCCGGGAUUGUCUUGAAAGAUGAUGACAGAAAAAUGUAAAGAGGAUUCAGAGGACUGCCUGACAAUCUGCUUAAAGUACCUGCUGUUUUUUUAUAAUUUCUUCUUCUGGAUGGCAGGUGCUGGAGUGAUGACCAUUGGAACUUGGACGUUGGCUGAGAAAAGAAACUACUUGAGCCUCCUUCCAUCCAGUACGUUUGCCGUCUCUGCCGGUAUUCUCAUCUUUGCUGGUAGCCUCGUGCUGGUCACUGGAUUCUUUGGUUGUUGUGCAGUUGUUCGAGAACAGCAGGCCGGUCUGGCAGCAUACUUUUCCCUACUCCUGCUGAUCUUCCUAACUGAGCUGGUGGCUGGGAUUCUUGCUUGUGUUUAUUACCAGCAGUUAAGUGAUGAACUGAAGCAAAGUCUGAACAAGACAAUGAUGGAGAAUUACGCACAGCCUGGGGAGGAAGGUGUUACCUAUUCCAUCGACCAACUCCAGCAAGAUUUCAAGUGCUGCGGCAGCAAUAGUUCCGCUGACUGGCAGCACAGUGCUUACAUCCUCUCCCCCAUGUCAGGUAACAGACUGGUACCAGACAGCUGCUGUAAGACAGUAACUGAGGCCUGUGGACAGAGAGACCAUCCAUCUAAUAUCUACAAGGUAGAGGGUGGAUGCAUCACCAUGUUGGAACAGACCCUGGCAGAAAACACUCUGCUGAUUGGAGCAGUUGGUAUUGGUGUAGCUUGUCUUCAGCUGAUCGGGGCGGUCAUGACGGCUUGUUUCAUCUGUGCACUCAUCAGAGAACAGGAAGAGGAAGAAUAUUCUCAGACCUGA